ACUUGGCUAUACCUCUACCUCUCCCACGAGCUAGUAUUGGCAAGAAACCUAGCUCAUCAGUCAUCACGUAAAUAAAUUAAAACCAACAAGUCAUACGAUCUCCAUCCAUCUCACACGAUGCAGCGCGGCGCCGCCACUGCCAUGCCCACGCUCUUGAUGACCAUCUUCCUCGUGGCUCUCGUAUCCGGUGGCCGGGUAGCGUCGCAGCCGCAGCCGCAGGAGGCGCCAGCGCCGGCGCCGGAGGGCACCGGGAGCAGUAGCGGCGCCUGCACCGCCGUGCUAGCCAAGCUGGCGGACUGCGUGCAGUACGCCACCGCGGGCAGCCCGCUGAGGCAGCCGCCGGGGAGCUGCUGCACCGAGGUGGAGCGCGGCGUGAAGGACCCCGCCGCCGUCGGCUGCGUCUGCACCCUCCUCGCCGGCAACACCUACGGCCUCCCUCUCAACCUCACGCGCGCCGCUGGCCUCCCCGCCGCCUGCGGCGCCCCGCCCACCGCCCUCAGCAACUGCAAUGUGCCUUCACCAAAAGGUGGAGACAGAUCUGGUUCAUCACCCAAGUCCACGGCCACUCCAGCCCCGAUCACAAUAGUCGUCUUCGUCGCCACAGUAGUAGCUGUCUUCUGCUACCUCUAAGAAUUUAUUGAACUUCAUGAUGCCAUGCCAAAUUACGUACCGACAACCAUUUUGUACUUAUAGGGGAUCAACUUUUCGUCGAAUUUGUGUAAUUUAAUUUUUUUUUGCAAAAUUCAUGUCUUACAGCUGUAAUGUGUACUCUAUUGUAAUCUUGUUGUGGAAUAAACUACAUGAUGUUCAGCAGUUGGAAUAGUAUUCA